AUGGAGGCCGAAGUCGCAGAGCUCAAGGAGCAAGUCAAGCAACUCACAGCUCGUGUCAACAAGGUUCAAGAUGAAGCAGAGAUCCGGAAGAUUCACUUCAAAUACGGCUACUAUCUAGACAAAUGUCUCUACAAGGAGGUGGUGGACAUGUUCUCCGACCACCCGGAUGCUUACGUCGAGUUUCUGGGCAGCCGCUACCGCCGCAAGGAAGGCAUUCGCCGCCUAUACAUCGACCGCUUUGCCCGUACCUUCGUCAAUGGUCGCAACGGCCCCGUUCAUGGAUUCCUACUUGACCACCCGAUGCUUCAGGACAUCAUCGACGUCAACGAGUCCGGCACCCAUGCAUUUGGCCGUCUCCGAGCCCUCAUGUCAGCCGGCACCCACGACACCAUCCGCGAGAGCCACCCUCGCGGCCACGCCCAGUGGUGGGAAGGCGGUCUAUACGAGAACGAAUACAUCAAGGAGAACGGCGUCUGGAAGUUGUUCCGCUACCGCUACUUCCCUUUCUGGCACGCCAACUUUGAGAGUGGCUGGAGUCACACGAAGCCCAACUUCAUCCCUUGGCCGUCAGUGACUUACCCGGAGGACCCAUAUGGUCCGGACGAAAUCAUAGAGCAGAAGAUGCUGUGGCCGGACACCAGGGUCAUUCCCUUCCACUACCCGCAUCCCGUGACAGGCAAGCAGGUGGAAAGCGAUGAUCUCAGGGCGCCGCAUUAUGGGACGGACGUCAACGCGGCCCCGCCGCCACUGACACUGGCUUUGCCACAGGAUCAGCAGGAUGCAUUGAAGGAAAGUGGAAAGCCCGACAUCAGUGGCAUCUCCAUCCAAUCCAAUGGUACAUAA